AUGGCUAAGUUGGUCUUCUUCGCGGCUGUCGUCGCGGCGCUGGUGGCCAUCUCCGUGGCGGCUGACAGGGUCGCAGAGCCAGUGAGCACGCAGUGCCAGUGCCAGCGUGAGCUCCAAGAGAGGAGCUCGCUCGGCUCGUGCCAGCAGUUCGUCGACAUGCAGCGGGACAUGACGGUGCCUGACAUCACCUGGAUCACAGAGGAGCGGAAAAUGCGGUGCUGCCAGGAGCUCCAGCACAUCAGCAGCGGUUGCCGGGCCGCCGCUAUCCGCAGCAUCGUCAGGAAGUACGAGCAGGAUCUAGAGGCCGCGCAGCACCCACAGAUAGAAGGGCCGCGCUACCCCGUCGCCGGCGAGACCGCGGAGCAGCAGCCACAGCAGGAGGGAGGACAAGCGCACCACGGCUGUCCGGCCCGGCGCAUGCAAACCGUCGUGCGCCGGCAGCCAGUCGGAGGACACUGCCUGAGGAAAUAG